AUGAGCACCUAUUCCGCUCGCCCUACCACCCAGACAUUUUCUAUCAAUGGCAACAACAAGAAAGGCGGUCUUGUGGAUGGUAACACAGGUGAUGUCACUCUCAGUUUGGAAGAGAAGGGCAACGUGGUGGAGAUAAACCCGGUAACGAAGUCACUUUAUUUGACGGUUGCAACAAGUCGUGCUUUCCCAUAUGUUGCGAGCUGGCUGAGGGAAAAAUCCAGUGAGAUGCGGAAUGAGGCGAAUUCGUUGGAGUGGAAUUGUGACAUGGAAUUAUCGCGUCAAGUGGAUCAGAAACACAAGGCUGUUCUUACAGGUCGUGUGGCGAGUGAAAAGGAGCGACAAAAAAUGCUUCAUUUCCUUCAGGAGCUUUAUUCAGUGCGGUUGCAUCAGCGUGUGGCUGGGGAGUCGUGGUUUGUCGCCUUUCGCGAUGCGGCCGCAGCGUACAUGUCAGAGUUGCAUGAAAUGGAGAAGGCACUCCUGCAACGAGUGCGCCUUGCGGAGGAAUGGACUAUUGGUGGGAGACGCGAAGUUGUCGUGGCGGGGCUUAAGCGGAUGGAGGAACAGCAGCAGCAACUGAAGCGCCGCGCCGAGCGAGAAGUGGCGAGGGAAAAGAUGCGGCGGGACCAGACGCUGCAUAGCCUGCGCGCGGCGAUGGAGCAGUUGGUUGGGGAGGUUGGAGACGCCCUCACGUGGGAGUUGCACCGGUGCAUGCAUGGACAUAUGCACAGUUCCUUUGAGGGCCGAAAGACGGCGAUGAAUGGCUCGGUGACGGGUACUUUGUCCGACACAGCCACCGCCGCCUUGCCCGCUCCGCCGGAGGAUGAGCGGGAGUUGCUUGAGCAAGAGCGACACCUGCGGUUGGAACUGCGGCGGUUUCAGAAGCGCGGAAGAAACAGGCGACGUGAGACUCGAGAGGAGGAAGAUGGAGGAGGGAAAAACGAAGGGCGCCUAGACAGGCAGUUGAGUGGACGCAAGCAAACGUGGCCGCAUCGGCAGCAGCAGCAGCAGCAGCAAGAAGUGGAGGAAAAAGAGACGAAGAGGAAAAAUAAAAAGGAGGAGGAGGAGGAGCAGGAGGCAUCGGGUGCGACAAGUGAGGCAGCGGAGGAGGGGGGCAUCAUCAACGCCAUGCACCCGGUGGCCAUGUCCCUGUUGUCAUCACCCCACAACACAACGGCGACGACGACGAACGUGACAAAAAUGGCCACAACAGCGGAAAAUGCUGCAACGCAGUCAUCUUCGGUUGAGACGGGCAGGCUACCACCGUCGCGGAGACGACUUCAAUUGCAUAGCGGUAGGACAUGGACGGAGGUCUCGCAGAGCCUGACGCUUCCACCGCUGCCCACGGUGCAUAAAGUGGCCGAGCAGGACACCGGUGGAAACCUCGGCGAGGGUGUCAAAGAUGGCCCAACACCCAUUAGCAAUCGCCCUGCCGGCGACGCGGGAUCCCGCAUGAGGCAGCUCAAGUACCACCGCGCCCCCUUGGUGGUUCGGCCUCCGGUUGUUCAACCGCCAAAUCGGGCGGGCCGUGAUGCCAGUGGACGUCACAACUCCGGUCACAUUGCGGGACUGCUGUCUGUCCUGACAGAAGACACUGCCCAUUUUGCCGCCUCGCGUGAAAAGAUACGGACAGAGUUAAAGCGGUUGCGUGGGGAGCUGCGGAAACACAAGGAGGAGACGGCGCGCAUGAUGCAAACAAGCACUGGACUUGAAAAGCAGCGGGCACAGUUACUUGUACAGUGUGAUGCGCAGGAAGCAAAGCUUAAUGCCGCCACGGCGGAGAAGCGCUCGCAGGAGAGGGUAAGGACCCUGGACACACUGCUGCUCAACGACGAGAUUUCACACACAAUGGAGUUGUUGGAGGAACAGAAGAAGAAGCGAUGCGCAGAGACGGAGGAGGUGCGGAAGUCGAUUGAGGAAUUUAAGCAGAGGAUUCAAGAGCACGAGCAACUUCUUCAUAAUGUGCGAGAGUAUUGGUGCCGUAAUGCGGCGGCGCUUAGGCGGACAAAAACCCCCGGCAAUUGCCAAAACAUGUCUUAUUCUUGGGACUCAACCUUGCCUAGCGCCAGUGGUGUGGAAGGUCCUGCCAUUUCUCUUGAAACGGCCUUCUGUUCCACCGCACCACCCUCAGGCCCAUUUCUUGAAGGUUCACCCCUCAUUCCAACCGUACAGCCCUAUUUGAUAAACACGGUAGGUUCCGAGACAAAAUUGCCAGAAGAGAUGUUGGAGGGCUACCAGUCCAUUCCGGCACUCGGUUUGUAUCAACCGGAGGAAGUUGCGGAUUUUAUCUGUAGUGUAUUUGAGGGGCUGGCGGUGGGUUCCCCUGAUGAGUGCGUAAGACCACGGAGUAACACCUGA